CGGGCUCCUGGCGGCGGCGCUCCGGAGGCUCGCGGGAGACGCGGCGCGCAGGGCGAGCGGGCGGCCGAGCGGACAGCGGCGGGGCACUCCCGGGGGGCCGGAGGGGCCGAGCGCCGCGCGUCCCGAGCAUGGCGGGCUCCCUGCCUCCCUGCGUGGUGGACUGUGGCACCGGGUAAGAGCCGCUCGGCGCCCACCCCCGCUCCUCCGCGGCCCCGCUCCCGGCCCCCGGCGUCCACCUCAGCUGGAGGUCGAGCUGUGUCAGUCGCCCGGGGCUUGAGCCCCGCGACCACCUACCUGGGCAGGUAUACCAAGCUUGGCUACGCAGGCAACACUGAGCCCCAGUUCAUUAUUCCUUCAUGUAUUGCCAUCAGAGAGUCGGCAAAGGUAGUCGACCAAGCCCAAAGGAGAGUGUUGAGGGGAGUUGAUGACCUUGACUUUUUCAUAGGAGAUGAAGCCAUCGAUAAACCUACGUAUGCUACAAAGUGGCCAAUACGACAUGGAAUCAUUGAAGACUGGGAUCUUAUGGAAAGGUUCAUGGAGCAAGUGGUUUUUAAAUAUCUUCGAGCUGAACCUGAGGACCAUUAUUUUUUAAUGACAGAGCCUCCACUCAAUACACCGGAAAACAGAGAGUAUCUUGCAGAAAUUAUGUUUGAAUCAUUUAACGUACCAGGACUCUACAUUGCAGUUCAGGCAGUGCUGGCCUUGGCGGCAUCUUGGACAUCGCGACAAGUGGGUGAACGUACGUUAACAGGGAUAGUCAUUGACAGCGGAGAUGGAGUCACCCAUGUUAUCCCAGUGGCAGAAGGUUAUGUUAUUGGAAGCUGCAUCAAACACAUCCCGAUUGCAGGUAGAGAUAUUACGUAUUUCAUUCAACAGCUGCUAAGGGAGAGGGAGGUGGGAAUCCCUCCUGAGCAGUCACUGGAGACAGCAAAAGCCAUUAAGGAGAAAUACUGUUACAUUUGCCCUGAUAUAGUCAAGGAAUUUGCCAAGUAUGAUGUGGAUCCCCGGAAGUGGAUCAAACAGUACACGGGUAUCAAUGCAAUCAACCAGAAGAAGUUUGUUAUAGACGUUGGUUAUGAAAGGUUCCUGGGACCUGAAAUAUUCUUUCACCCCGAGUUUGCCAACCCAGACUUUAUGGAAUCCAUCUCAGAUGUUGUUGAUGAAGUCAUACAGAACUGCCCCAUUGAUGUGCGGCGUCCGCUGUAUAAGAAUGUCGUUCUCUCAGGAGGCUCCACCAUGUUCAGGGAUUUCGGACGCCGACUACAGAGGGAUUUGAAGAGAGUGGUGGAUGCUAGGCUGAGGCUCAGCGAGGAGCUCAGCGGCGGGAGGAUCAAGCCAAAGCCUGUGGAGGUCCAGGUGGUCACUCAUCACAUGCAGCGCUACGCCGUGUGGUUCGGAGGCUCCAUGCUGGCCUCGACUCCCGAGUUCUUUCAGGUCUGCCACACCAAGAAGGACUAUGAAGAGUACGGGCCCAGCAUCUGCCGCCACAACCCCGUCUUCGGAGUCAUGUCCUAGUGUCUGCCUGAAAGUGUUGUUCGAUGGUGUCACGUUGGGGAACAAGUGUCCUUCAGAACCCAGAGAAGGCCGCCGUUCUGUAAAUAGCGACGUCGGUGUUGCUGCCCAGCAGCGUGCUUGCAUUGCCGGUGCAUGAGGCGCGGCGCGGGCCCUUCAGUAAAAGCCAUUAUCCGUGUGCGACCGCUGUCUGCCAGCCUCCUCCCUCACCCGCCCUCCUCUCCCUCGCUCUCCCUCCUCCUCUUCCUCUUCCGAGCUGCUAGCUGACAAAUACAAUUCUGAAGGAAUCCAAAUGUGACUUGGAAAAUUGUGAGAGGAAACAACAUUAGAAAAUGGCGCAAAAUCAUUCUGCCCCGGGAGAGAAUGUGGGGGCGCAAACCCUUUUCCUCCCAGCCUAUUUUUGUAAAUAAAAUGUUUAAACUUGAAAUACAAAUCGAUGUUUAUAUUUCCUAUCAUUUUGUAUUUUAUGGUAUUUGGUACAACUGGCUGAUACUAAGCACGAAUAGAUAUUGAUGUCAUGGAGUGCUGUGAUCCAGAGUUUUUAAUUGUGAGGCAUGUUCUGAUAUGUUUAUAGGCAAACAAAUAAAACAGCAAACUUUUUUGCCACAUGUUUGCUAGAAAAUGAUUAUACUUUAUUGGAGUGACAUGAAGUUUGAACACUAAACAGUAUUGUAUGAGAAUUACUACAGAUCAUGUAUCUUUUAGUUUUUUCUGUUUGAACUUUCUGGAACUGUUUUAUAGAAGAUGAUGGUUUGUUGUCGGUGAGUGUUGGAUGAAAUACUUCCUUGCACCAUUGUAAUAAAAGCUGUUAGAAUAUUUAUAAAUAUC